AUGGAAAGAAACAGUUUGGAUCACGCUAUGUGCUUCAGGAACUCUUACGAUCAGAGUCUGUAUUAUAGCACAAUCAGGGAAAUAAAACCGCUGAUGAGCAAGGAAACUCGAGAAGCUUUCUUUGCUGAAGACAUUGCUAGGUGGCUAAAGCCCCAGCCACGUCUUACAGUUCGUCAAAUUCAGCUGGAGACGGCCCCCAACCCCAAAGAACUCGAAUUUGUUGACACACCAAGAGUUGUUUGGUAUAGCAGAGACAAAGGACUACGUAUGUGUCCGCAACCUGAGGAGCCAGAGGAAGGAUGGUACUCUGGCCCUGAAGCUGUCUAUUACGAGAAGGUACAAAGUGGCAUGAAAGCCAAAAUAUCAGAGAAGAUUGAACAGCAACGCCGUGACAGAUCAGCUAGUAGGACACUUCAACAGUCAAGACCCGGUUCUCUCAGUCCGAGAGGGCAGGCGACUCCUGGAGAAUUGUCCAAUCUCCAGCCACGACUACUGCCUAAAAGACCACAGCAGUAUAAUAAAACAAUAGGAGUGAAUGAGAACCUCUCGUCAUUCUCCAGAAUAAAAGACAAGGCUAGUAGCACAUUUCGUCAGUUGAGACCCUGUUCUCUCACGCCGAGAGGUCAGGCGACUCCUGGAGAUUUGUCUAAACUCCAGCCACGACCACCGUCUAGAAGGCAGGCAGAAGGCACUCAGGAUCAGAAAAUAAUCCGUGAGGAAGUCUCCGGCCAACCACAGCUCCAGCAAACAAAAGACAAGGCUAGUAGCACAUUUCGUCAGUUGAGACCCUGUUCUCUCACGCCGAGAGGUCAGGCGACUCCUGGAGAUUUGUCUAAACUCCAGCCACGACCACCGUCUAGAAGGCAGGCAGAAGGCACUCAGGAUCAGAAAAUUAUCUCUGAGGAAGUCUCCGGCCAACCACAGCUCCAGCAAACAAAAGACAAGGCUAGUAGCACAUUUCGUCAGUUGAGACCCUGUUCUCUCACGCCGAGAGGUCAGGCGACUCCUGGAGAUUUGUCUAAACUCCAGCCACGACCACCGCUGAGAAGGCAGGCAGAAGGCACUCAGGAUCAGAAAAUAAUCCGUGAGGAAGUCUCCGGCCAACCACAGCUCCAGCAAACAAGAAUCUCUGUUAAAGAGAGAAUGGAAGCUGCAGCAAAGGCCUGGAAAGAUGAGAAUGAGAGAAGAGAGAAGACUAAAAUUGAAGAAGAGGAAAAGCAGGAGACCAGCUCUGAUAAUGUCUGGAAUUUGAUGUUAAUGAUGGAGGAAAGAUAUGAAACAUUGAAGGCCCUCAAGCACUACGAGGCCAGAAAGGAAAAUCUUGAAAAGAAGAUGGAUCCCCUGCAAAACAGCAAUAAUGCUCAUGAUCGCCACAUCAGAGAAGCCCUGGAGGAAAAGCAGCUGAAAAAAAUACAGCGGCAGAAACAGGACGCUUCCUGGAAAAUCACAAACAAACUUAUAACAGAGAAGAUCUCAGAGGUCUUUGAGGCAUCUGAAGGGGUGCUCCACUAUGCUGACACUAAUUUAAAGGAGAAAGCAUUGGAGAAUCGCUGUUUGGACGCCUGCCAGUUCCACGAGCUCCCAACAAAAGUGAAGCAGUGCUUGAAAGAUCUCCAGAUCCAGUAA